GCAACAUACAAAUGCUGAUGCGACUGGAGGAACAUAUAUUCCAAAUAAUAACAGGCCUUAGUGCCAAGAGUUGAGAAAUUAUCAAAUUGAAUGCAUACGGCAUUGUGUGUACCUGGUUCAGUCUGUUGGCAGUGCAAGUCUAUAAAGGUUUUGACCAACACAUUUUACACCGCCUGACUAUCUACCACCCUUAUUCAUGCAGCAUGAAUAUCGCUUGAACAUAUACAAGCGUAUAGGGAGAUACUGAAGACACCCAGCGACUCGAUAUAACAACCAUUGAUGUCAUUGAUCGGUAAGACCGUUGCGUUUUUCAUACGAAUAAGUUCUGGUUGCUGAUUGAUGAUGGCAGGUAAUGUCCAGAAGUACCAUAUUCUGCAUACAGCGUUCAUAGCAGCUGUUCUUGUGGCUCGAGUCACCUGUCAGUGUCGACAGGGAAGUUAUAGACCUGACCAGCUUCUCCAAGACGCACUUGCCCGUAAUUCCAGUCUGAUAUGGAUGAAAACGGAGUUCGCAGUGUCUGGCUGUGCCUCCAUGUGCAAAAGACACAGAAAAUGCGCUUCAUUUUUCCACAAUUCAGAAACCGGAUCCUGUCAAGCUCAUUCGUGGACAUACACAAGCAAGGAUGACAUGGAUCCCCAGCCAGGGUUCAAGUACUACGUGCAAUAUACCAAGGACACUGGUCCCGAUUGCAGUGAGAUUCAAGCCAACAUCGCCUCAGCGGCAGAUGGCGCCUACACCAUUACGCCACCUGACGGGAAAAGUCCGAUCCGAGCUUACUGUGAUCUGACUCACAACGGUGGCGGAUGGACGGUGAUCCAAAGACGACUUGACGGAUCCGACAAUUUCUACAGAACUUGGAAUGAGUACAAAGACGGGUUCGGUGACCUAGAACGGGAAUACUGGUUGGGCAAUGAGAACAUCUGGCGCAUCACGCAAGGGCGACAAUUCGAGCUGCGUAUCGACCUUGAGAACUUUGAAGGGGAACAUGGUUAUGCUCUUUACCAACACUUCUCCAUCGGCAGCGUUAUGGAACACUAUGCUCUACAUAUCUCGGGCUUCAGUGGCGACAGAGGCAAGUAGUGUCUUUUUAGAACACAAUGUUCACUAAAUCUUUGGUUCCAUUGUGUGAAGGUGAACAGUCAUCUUACAGAAGACUAUACUCG